AUGGCUCCAUACGCGGCUCUCGUAGACAUGGGAAGCAAUGGCAUCCGCUUCUCCAUCACAGACAUCUCGCCCGACACUGCCCGCUGCCUGCCCACCGUCUUCUCCGAGCGGCUCGGCGUCUCGUUGUACGACGCUCAGUGGAGCGACGGCCAGCGGGUGCCCAUCCCCGCCGAAACCAUGCAGCAGGUAGCUACCGCGUUCCGGCGCUUCAAGACCGUGUGUCAAGAUGCCGGCGUCGAGCAGCAGCGCAUCCGCGUCCUGGCCACCGAGGCCACUCGCACCGCCCCCAACUCGCACGAGUUCAGGGAGCAACUCUGCGCCGCCACCGGCUGGGAGGUGACGCUUCUGGGCAAAGAGGACGAGGGCCUCCUGGGCGCUCAUGGCAUCGCAAGCAGCUUCGACGAGGUGCGCGGCCUGUGCAUGGAUCUGGGAGGAGGAAGCACCCAGCUUUCCUGGAUCUACACCGAAAACGGCCAGGUGCGCACGUCCGACGCCGCCGUCAGCCUGCCCUAUGGCGCUGCCGCCCUGACCAAGAACCCGCCUAGUAGGGACGAAAUGCUCGUCAACCUUUCGGCAGCAUACAAGAGCCUCAAGCUCCCGGCAGAGUUGGCCUCUCCCAGCGCCGGUGGGGCGCUCAACCUGUACCUUUCGGGCGGCGGCUUUCGGGGCUGGGGGUUCGCGUUGAUGGACCAGCAUCCGGACGUGCGGCCUUAUCCAAUCCCCAUCAUCAACGGCUUCUGCGUGCCGGCUGCCACCUUCCACAACACGGCCGCCAUCGUCGCCGUCCUUCGCACCGCAUCUGAGCAGCAGGAACCCCUGACGAUGCAUCGCGUGUCCAAGCGGCGCGUCUCCCAGAUCCCCGCUGUCGCUAACUUGGUGGCUUGUGUCGCCGAGGCCUUGCCCGCAAUCCGCAACGUCUACUUUUGCCAGGGCGGCGUGCGCGAAGGGCGCCUGUUCUCGGAGCUGGAACCACGUCUGCGUGCUCAGAGACCGCUGCUGGUGGCUACGCAGCAGUUUGCGCUCAAUCAUCAAAACCAAGCCAUGGGCGACACGCUGGCAGCCGCCAUCAAAAGCUCCAACGGCCCUGAUCUUGUCAAUCUUCCCUUUGCGCUCGCAAACAUCAUGUACAAGCAUUCCUCGCUAAGUAAAGACAUACGAGCCGCCGCGGCAUUGCAGUGUCCUGUCACGGGCGACUUGGCCGGGACCCACGGCUUGAGUCAUGCGGACCGCGCACAUCUGGCCAUUGCAUUGUGCGAGCGUCACGGUGGCAGGAAAGCGCUUGAUCCCGCGAACCUUCAGCAGUACGACCGCCUGAUCCAACUUGUCGAGGCUGACAAGCGGUGGUGGCUGCGCUACCUGGGCCGUGUGGCUGCUGUCCUGGGCACUGUCUACCCCGUCGGUAUGCCCACCGGUGCCGACACGAGGAUCCUCCUGAAGCACGACCCUUCGUCCACUCGGGACGACAGGGUCACGUUGGUGGUUUCCGUCCCCGACGACUUCUUGACAGAUUCCUUGGAGGACGAUAUUGCAAGAGUGGAGAAGAUGGGGAAGAAAAAGCAAUGGUUGGCAGGAGAAGAGGGUCGCAAGGUCGAGUGGAAGCUACAGAAAACCCAUUGA